CGUGUAGUUGUUUAGGCAAAGAUGGCGGCUCCCACGAAAGAGAUCGAAGUGAUCUCUAAGAAAAAACCUAAUGUGCGGGGUCCGAGAAGAGUGGCCAAUCAGAUUCCAGAUGAGAUCCUCAAAGAUCCAGAGCUUAACGAGGCCAUUAAAUCCUUACCUGCUAACUACAACUUUGAGAUCCAUAAAACAAUAUGGCGUGUGCGACAAGCCAAAGCCAAGAGGGUGGCCUUGCAGUUGCCUGAGGGUCUGCAGAUGUUUGCCUGUGUGAUCGCUGACAUCAUUGAGAGAUUCACAGAUGCAGACACUCUGGUGAUGGGAGAUGUGACAUAUGGGGCCUGCUGUGUGGACGACUUCACUGCCCGCGCUUUGGGAGCUGACUUCAUGGUGCAUUACGGGCACAGCUGUCUCAUCCCCAUAGAUUCCACUGAGGGCAUCAAGAUGCUUUAUGUGUUUGUGGACAUUCAGAUUGACACUGCCCACUUCCUGGACACGGUCAAGUUCAAUUUCCCCCCGGGCCACUCGCUUGCCCUCGUCAGCACCAUCCAGUUUGUUGCCGCUUUGCAGGCAGCCAGUGCAGAGUUGAGGCCGGAUUAUGAAGUACUGGUGCCUCAGUGUCGGCCACUCUCUCCUGGGGAGAUCCUUGGGUGCACCUCGCCUCAUCUGGAGAAACACGUCAAUGCCAUCAUAUAUCUUGGGGAUGGAAGGUUUCACUUGGAAUCCAUCAUGAUUGCCAACCCAGAGAUACAUGCAUACAGGUAUGACCCAUACAGCAAAGUGUUUUCUCGAGAGUAUUAUGACCAUGAGUCCAUGAGGGCCACUAGACUGCAGGCCAUAGAGAGGGCCCGCUCUGCCCAGAGAUGGGGCCUCAUCCUAGGAACACUUGGCCGACAGGGCAACCCCAAAAUCCUGGAGCACUUAGAAUCUCGGUUGGAGUCUUUGGGCAGGUCGUACACUCGAGUGCUUCUGUCUGAGAUCUUCCCUAGCAAACUGGAGCUCCUUACAGACGUGGACGCGUGGGUGCAGAUCGCUUGUCCCCGCCUCUCCAUCGACUGGGGCACUGCUUUCUCCAAACCCUUGCUAUCUCCGUAUGAGGCAGCAGUAGCCCUGCAGCAGGUUGGAUGGCAGGAGGUGUAUCCUAUGGAUUUCUAUUCCAAUCAGAGCCUGGGGGCUUGGACUCCUAAUCACCAAGACAUCCAACCAAAAAGGGCUGUACGCAAGCCGACGCAGAAGCCACCUUCAGAUGGCGGUCAUGAGGAGAAAAGCUGUGGCCGUGAGCAAAGCGCCCCCUGUGGCUGUCAGGCAGAGUAAGCGAGUGGUCCGCUAGUCAAGCACAUCUUCAUGGGCAAAUCAAAGCUCACAUCUCUGUUGUCUCAUUGUGGAGUUGUUGUACUGCCCUUUGUCCCAAAACCAUUUGACUAUUUCUUAGACGUAUCACAAAUGAGUUGUUAGACAGAACGUUAAUCUUAUUCAACAUUUACUUUUAUUGUGUCUUUUUUCCAUGUAAUCAAAGUGAAUGGUGACUGAGGCUGUCAUUCUGUCUAAAAUCAUCUUUUUUUGUCCUAAAAAAGAAAUAAAGUAAUAUGGGUUUGGAACUUCACAAGGGUGAGUAAACAAUGACAAUUUAUAUUUUUGGAUGAACUGUACUUUAAGCAGAGAGAGGGAGAUACAAAAGUGGUAAAGAAAGAGAGACUGUGUGAGUAUGCAUGAGAGUGAGGAAGUCUUUAUGUGUGUGUUUUGUGUGCUGUUAUGUCUCUUGUGUGUGUGCGAGAAAGAUAUUCCAUUGAAAAUAGUGCUGACCCUGAAUGCACAGCAUUUUAUUUUGCACCAUGUGGGAGGCUUUAGUUAAAUGUAAUCAUCUUGUCCUUCAGUUAGAAAGGAGCCGCCAACCACUUUACAUACAUGACCUUCAAACUUUCAAAAUUACAAGAGGGAAAUGAGCAUGUAUUUAGAAUUAUUCAUCUGCAGAGGAAGAUAAUACUCAUUCCGAGUUCCAGCUCAGGCUUUUACCUUUCCCAUUAUGUCAUCAGUAGUUCUGCAACAAAAAGACUUUGUAUCAGACUUUAAAUGUUUUGUAGAGAACACGUUUAAUUUAUACAGAGAAUAAAAUUACAUGUUUACUGUUUAC